CGCCGGCCGGCGCUGGGCUACCGACUCCUCGCUCAGCUGCCCUUCCUGCUUCCAAGGUUCAGGCCGUCGCCGGCACCAUGUCUGGCUAUCCUAAAAGCUAUAAUCCUUUCGACGAUGAUGUGGAAGACGAGGACACCCGGCCGGCGCCGUGGAAGGACGCCCGCGACCUGCCCGACGGCCCCGACGCGCCUAUUGACAGGCAGCAGUACCUGAGACAAGAGGUGUUACGCAGGGCCGAGGCUACUGCUGCCAGCACCAGCAGGUCCUUGUCCCUCAUGUAUGAAUCGGAGAAGAUCGGAGUCGCCUCUUCAGAGGAGCUGGUCCGGCAGCGAGGAGUCCUAGAACACACGGAGAAGAUGGUGGACAAGAUGGAUCAGGACUUGAAGAUGAGCCAGAAACAUAUCAACAGCAUCAAGAGUGUGUUUGGAGGAUUCAUCAACUACUUCAAAUCCAAACCAGUAGAGCCUCCACCUGAGCAGAAUGGCAGCAUCGUCCCCCAGCCCAGCAGCAGAUUGAAAGAAGCCAUAAAUACAAGUAAAGAUCAGGAAAGCAAGUACCAAGCCAGCCACCCAAACCUCAGAAGGCUACAUGAUGCAGAACUAGACUCUGUCCCUGCUUCUACUGUGAAUACUGAGGUUUACCCAAAGAACUCAAGCCUUAGAGCUUAUCACCAGAAGAUUGACAGCAACCUAGAUGAGCUGUCUGUGGGAUUGGGCCGCCUAAAGGACAUAGCCUUAGGAAUGCAGACGGAAAUCGAGGAGCAGGAUGACAUCCUUGACCGGCUAACAACCAAAGUGGACAAGUUAGAUGUCAAUAUAAAAAGCACAGAAAAAAAGGUGCGGCAACUCUAGAGACACGAAGACGCUCUGCUCCGUCCUGAUGAGAAGAGUCAUAAUCCGUUAAACUCUUAUGGAUGUCACUUAGUAUGUAAUGUAACACGUUUUCAAAUGUGGGUCUUUGAAAUUUUAGUAUCAAUGGGGAAAAAAUGUAUCUUCCACAUUUUGGUAAGAUCAACAAAGUUCUGUGAGCUGUCUGCUGAGUUUUAGUCUAAGCAGAGAAUUAUGAACACCUUGAGCCUUUGGUUACUGUGCUGGAAGGAGAGAAGGCACUGCGUUUCUAAUUUCACGAGUGUCUGCAGAGCUGUGGGCAGAGUGUUGGUAAGCACUGCCUUUCACUUACCCAUUAGUUAUGUUUCUCACUCUGAGGCCUUACUGUGAAUUCAGAUGUGAAGGGACCCUGGGUUUGUGGCAGAAGGAAGGGUCCCUCCACAUCUUCAUAUGUCAAGUCUUGUGGACAUGCCUGCACACAAACUGAGCACAUGGUAGCUCUCUCCCCAUGAAAAGGAUCCAUGUUCUGUACAGAACUGAAAUGUGUUGCCUUCAUUGUCCCAACCCCCAUCUUCUGUUCUCGUCCUGCACUUUAGCAGAAGGACUCAGAGCAGGAUUGCUAGACAUGACACCUGGGAGGGAGCGUGUGAGAACAGACGUGCCCUUCUUCCCACCGGUUCUCACCUCACUCUUUCCAUCUCUGGUGGGGACUUUCUCCACCGGCUCAAAGCCAACUUGUCGGUUGGUUUGUGUGCAUGGAGUAUUACUUAAAAACCUCGACACUGAGCCCUGUGCCUCUGGGAAUAGAACCAAAGGCCGUGUUUAUUUGGUGCCUGGAGUCUCCUCAUCCAUCCCAGAGACCCACGCAGUCUCCAUUUCUACAAAGUGCUCCACCUAGUUUUAGGACUUAGACCCCACAAAUGAUGCUCACCUCUGUCUGUCAGAUGAUUGGACCAAGAGGCCGGAGACUCUCUUAGCUAGCUAGUGUUUGCUCCCUUCAGUUUCCAAAAGAAAAUAUUUAGAAGCAUUAAUUAAAACUGAUUCCUGCAAGAAAUUUCCCUUGUGUUGGUACUGCCAGUAGAGUUACUAAAGCCACGGAACACCUGACUAUAUUAAAAUCAAAGUCACGCAUUUUGAAGAAGGUAAAGGGGACUUUUUAACUAGUAAGAUAUGUCAGAAUCUAAAAUGCCAGUGCCUUCUUGCCUUAAAACAUGGCUCUUGUGCUGCUUGGGGAUCCUUCCUUCAGCAUUUGGAGUCUGUAGUCUUAAAGCAAAGCACGCAGUGGGGCUAGGGGUGCAGCUCAGUGGUCAAUUAUCUACCUUCUCUCCUGGGGCCUGGGGUUGGUCUCCACGGUUGGGGAGAGGAUCAGAAGAUGGGGUAUCAGGACUAUUACUGUUCAUGUAGCAACAUGAACUCACUCUUGUCCCAAAAUAUCCAACCUUCCUGAAAAUACAGCAGCCACAGGCAGAAAGGGCCCAAACGUAAAGAUCUGACUGAAGUGGACCUCUGUGAGUUCCAGGCCAGCCAAGACAAUAUAUUCAGACCUGUCUCAAACAAUGUAGAGAGAGACCAAUCCAUAUGUAUCUCCACUCCUAAUUGUUUAUUGGUGUUUUUUUUUUCUAUGAAACCUUCUCAUGUUCUAAUAACUGUUCCUCUUUAUCACCAUCAGGCAUAGCCUUGUAGAAAUUAACAAUCCCAAGAAAUGAACACACGAGGAUGCCUUCCAUGGGCAUCCUAGUGGGAAUCAGCUGACUGAGGCUAAGGGACAUUUUAUGAACCUUUCUUUGUUUUGCUAAAUGAAUGAAGCCAAUCGCUCCUUUCCCAGUCUUUCUUUACUCCAUGAAUGUGAAACUGUGAAACCGUGUUCCUGUAAACCAUUAGAGGUCCUUGUCCAUUUUGUCCUGUUCCUCAGACUCUGUGGUCCUCUGAAGUUGUCUGUUGGCCUGCUGGAGACUGGCUGGAGCAGGUGCUGCCUUAUAAAGCAGGGUCGUUUGCACAUCACAGACAACAAAGGACUUGGGGAAGCUCCAGAACCAGGUCUGCUGGCUGACACUCUAAUCACAGCACUUAGGCCAAGGUGGAAGGGUGGCUAUGAGUUCCAGGUUCAGGGUAAGAUCUUGUCUCAAGAGAAUCAGUGACUGUGGAUGGUGGGAGAGGAAGGAAAGACUCACUCCUGCUCUCUGGCCUAGCAAGGGUUAGUGCUGGGGAGGUGGCAAGCAUGAGUGGAGUGGACAGACCAGUGAGCUACUUGCCAUGCGAGGUCUGCAAGACAGCCUGAGACACCCCGCCUUCAGAGAGGCGGCAUUUGUAACCUUAGGUUAGCUGUGUGCUACGUGUACCACCAAAACAAGUGCACUGUCCUCCAGAGAAGACUAACAGCUACUGACCUGUAACUCACCAGCAUUGGAGUGACCUCGUCAAUUGGUUUUCCUCGUUCUGUAGGAGAGGCCUGAAGUUCAUUCAUGUAACAAGUAGAACAAAAGAUCAGAGCAUCUUUAUUUCCCCUUCUCUUCUUAUAACUGUGCAAUUUUAAAUGUAUAAUGUAUCACUUCAGUAAAAAAAAAAAAAUUCUA